UCGCGGUUCAGUUCCUACUUCCCGCUAGGCGAAGCAGACAAGAAUUCGUGAUGCGAUAUUCGAAGAGCAACUUCCAUGUGUGGGCCUGCUGCUACUGUUCGCUACUAUUGUUUCUGAUGCCUUCGGGAGCUGCCCAAUUUGAUGGGAACCACCGCGAAGGUGAUGAUGGUAGUGACGGUGUUGGUCAUAGUGUGAUACAUUCGGACCCGGAUAACUUGGUCAACGACGAUCCACACCAUGAUCUUUAUCAUCAGAAACAACCAUCGCAAGUACCCUAUCAACCACCCAGCUAUCAAUCCACGGAACGAGUGUCGGAGCCGUCCCACCAACCUCAACAGCAACUCUCACAAUAUCCAGCUAAAGGGACCACUGGCUCUCCGUCAUACCAGCAACCUAAACAGCGCCAAACCCAACCAUAUCCGCAGCAUCAUCAUGCAGCUCCUUCUUCGUCAUCGAAACAAAGCUUGUCUGCUGGUGAAACCGGAAGCAGUAGCAGUAGCAGUUUGUUGCAAUCAUCGACGGCGGGAAGUGGAAUGCAACAACUUCCGUCUCCGGGUCGCUCACUCGAGACCCGUAACUCGUACGCCGUCCUUAGUCAAGCAAUGUCGCAAGCAGUGCAUCAUGAAUUCGAUUUUCUCUUCCUGAUUUCAGGAACGUACGGGAGUGGUUCAGUGGCUGCCGGCGACGGUGGAGUGGGCGCUGGAACGGGAGCUUGUUCGAUCGACGACAUUGACUGCUUGGCACAUCACGACCAACUGGGUAUGGAGGCGAUACGCUCCCUACAUCGGCAGCUCGAUGAUGAUGAUAAUGGUGAUAUUGAUCUUUCUGAAUCGGAUGACUUUCUACGCGAAGAGCUCAAGUAUGACUCAGGCUACGAGAAACGCCAUAAGGCGUUCCACUUCAACGAUGACAUGCACAUCUCGGUGAAGGAGUUGUGGGAAGCUUGGCUACGGUCAGAGGUGCACAACUGGACUGUUGACCAGACGACCGAGUGGUUGGCGCAGAGUGUUCAAUUGCCACAGUAUGUUCAUCUCUUCCGGUUGCACAAGGUUACCGGAAAGGUGUUACCUAGGCUUGCUGUGAACAAUAUGCAUUACGUAAGCAACGUGCUCGGGAUCAAGGAUCCGAUCCACAAGCAAAAGAUCGCCUUGAAAGCAAUGGACGCCGUGCUAUUUGGUCCUCCAAGAGAGACCGGAACGCGGUGGAAGGAUUUGUUACUUGUGACGCUCCUACUGACUGCUAUCAUAGGCAGCUGGUAUGCAUAUCACCAGAAUAAAAAUGCUAAAAUUCAUAUACGACGCAUGGCGAAGGAUGUGGAAGGGCUACUUAAGGCGGAGGUAGCACUGAAGGAGAUGCAAAAGGAGCUCGAACUAGCGCGCCUCGAACAAGAAAACGUCGGUAAAGAGAAGCUCGAUCUUGAGCGGCGAUUACGCGAGGCGCCCACUCUCACGACUUCGAGCUCCGAUCUUGAACUGCAGCAGUUGAAGCAGGAGAUCGAGAUGCUACGCUUAGAGCUGUCUCGAGCUGAAGGAGAAAUCAACGAUCAUUGCUGGACACCGCCGCAGGGUCUGCAAAGUUGGCUGCAGCUAACGUACGAACUGGAGCACAAACAUCACAUACGGAAACGUGUAAUGGCAGAAAAGCAGCUGGAGCAGGCGCGUGAAGCAUGCGAGAAGCUUAAGAAAAAGCGCUCCAGUCUUGUUGGCGCUUUCGUGUCAACACACGGCAAAAGCAUUGACGACGUUGACCGAAGCAUCGUCGAGGCGCGAAACGCACUUAACGACGUCACAAAUGAUCUGCAGGAACGAAUGCAUCGGUGGAAACAGAUCGAAACUCUUCUCGGUUUCAGCAUCGUUAACAAUAGCGGCAUUGCGCACUUGGAAAAUUUACUUUACAACCGCAACGGCGUCGGUAGCAAAUCCUAUCGAUCCCGACUGUCCAGCAGCCAGGACGAUUUGGAUGACGAUUCCGUGCAAGGUUUCUACGAAGGUAUCUGUAGGAGCGGUCGGGACGAUUCGUCUGCCAGCGAUGAAGGUGACCGUGAACGCGAUACGGUCACGUUCAUACUCGGUGGCUGUCCGUCUACAUCGAACCUGCAAAUUAGUACACUCAACACGCUCAACACCGGCAUUAUGUCGUUAAGUGCAGCGUCUGCGUACGCACCACCAUCCGGAACCAGCAAUCCGGUUGGGCUCGGCGCGAACACUACCAGCGCCGGCAGCAGCAACAGUACCUACCAGAGCAUACCGAAUGCUUCCGGGUUUGCCGGAUCUGGCUCCUAUCCGACAACCCCCAGCAGCACCACUGGCAGUUUCCACGCCGGGCAGGGAUCCGGCAGUGCCCUUUCUCAGUACGUAACGCAGUCAUCAAUGCGCGACUCCUACGUUGGAGACAGUUCGCAAAACUUGUUCGACGAAUAUCAAGUAUCAUCUUCCUCGGUGACCGAUCGGAUUGUGCCGCCAAGGACGAAGAAGGCUCCAGCAAAGCUACCACAGAUUGUGCCAAGCACGGUCGGUAAGGCGCCUAUGCCACCGCCCCGCAAAACACUCUCUUCGCAGAGUCUCUUUCAAAUGGCCCGAUCUCAUAGCGCGGACAUGGUCUCCUUGGAAUCCCCAACGGUAUCUGUUCCAACGACAGCUUCAACUAUUUCGUCGCCAGCGACGUUCACUGAUGUCAGCCCCACCCUGCUGGGAGCGGGAGUGGGAACCGCAGCGACUCCUGCCGUCCAAUUUACUCCCGAUCACGAGCAGUACCUGCUCCAGCAACAGCGGCUCCAACAGCAACAGCAACUCCACGACGGCAAGAUUGUUCAACAAGCCAAGGAGUUUCUGCUCGCCCAGCAGCAUUUGCAAAUCCGCGGAUGCGGAGAUACGGUCGCUGCCGGAGUCGGCAGCAGCAGCAGCCCCGGACAGCCCGACGACGCCGGCUCGACGGACUCGUCCAUCUUCGAUGAGGACAUUAAGCGGCGCCGUCGGAAGCUGCACUUUCCUUUUGGAAAACGCUUUAGCAAAUCGAAAAAGCAAUAGAAUGAGCAAAAGCAAUAGUCAAAGCAGCGACCCCAUCACGGGGAAGAUAACGAACGAUUAGCUUAGGAGCUAAGCGGUGGCGAAUGGUGCUUCGCGUCUUUUUUACCUCUAGAAUCCUGGUGAAAGACCCCAACUCCGAACGACGAAUCCCUCUCGACCUCGGUGAGUCUCUAAAAUGACGGCCGUUUUCCACAAAGUACUUCCGUUAACUAGGAUCAUAGUAAAUAGAUAUGCUAAGAUUAGAACAGAACUCUUCGCACGUAGAUAAAAAUCAAGUAGUCGCCAUAGAUAGAACUUCACCUCUGAUACUGAAACAUUUUACAGGUUACGUUCGACUUCCUAGUUUCAUUGUAGCAUAAAAGAAAUAGGAAAUGAGCUUCACAAAGACACCACCAAUCGAGUUCCGUUCACACGAAACGUAUCCGUUAAGCGUGCAAUAAUGAUAGUAUCUUACACUGCAGGGAAUGUUCCUCUCACAUUUUCUUUCUCGUCUUACCCUGCAAACCGCAUACGUUCCGUACCGAUUAAUACGAGCGAGGUGCGCACAAUAGGCAAUGAAUAUAGCUUUUUUUGCAACAUAUUACGCACAGAAAACUUGCUGAAUAAUACGUUCUGUGUCGUUCUUUUGACAUCCGUAAAGGAUAUGUUUUUUUUUAUGUAUGCUUGUUUUUAAAUAGCCUUUGUCGAGAUGUGAUUGGUUUCAGAGAUGUUCAGAAUUUGUGUUGGCAUUAGGCGUGUAUUGUUUAAACCGUCCAAUCUCUGCGAUAAACAUCCCUAGCAAGCAGGUAAACUUUCACUGCAGGGAGUAAUUUCAUUUGUUUUUUCUUACUGGUUGUCAGUAACGAGUACUGUCGCUAGAACACCAAGCAUAGGAUAUCGAUCACACGGGCAUGCGUUGGGAGCGUAAAUUAUCUGAAAAGUCUGACAAAAUCGUAGAGGAGUAAGCAUCUAGAACCUAUACAACUCUGACUAGGAAAAAAAUCAAGUCAAUAAACAAAUAGUAGUUAAUGUAGAAUAUUAUUAAGAAAUCUAACUAGAUACAACAAAAUCGAGACAAUGGAAGUUGAAUAACGUUAGAAAAUAAUAUGAUACCGGGAGAUGUUUAAGAAAAAGCUAUGGCCAGCAGACGACUUACAGUGGGAUCUCUGGAUCAACGGUAAGCCCAAAAAGAAAAGUAAUUGCAGAAAUGUGGAAAGCACGCAUGACUACAUAUAUCUAAAUGAAACAGUUCUUUAAGAGACGAAUGAAGCUGAACGCUCAAAGUCUCUAUAAUACAAACAAGACAACAACAACAGUUCUUUGGCAUUGUUCGUUUCUUAAAUAGUUACCGUUGCAUCGUCUUUAAGUAGCUUCACGAAGUGUCUCAAGAACAUCACAUCGAAAUAGAACAAAAUGCUCGAACAACGAAAAGCAAUUUUAGCUAGAACAAUAAACACGGCAAAGCGUGUCGUAUUGGAUCGUUUGAAAAAAGUGCCUCCCUCAAACAACAUCCGGUAUGUUCCCAUUUGUAACAAGUGAAUGUGAUUUGUUUUUGAACAAUUAUUGGACAUUGUACUUGGUUUAGAAGAACUUUGUAAGGGUGUGUGGGUGUUUCAAGUUCACCAGUGUAUCCCUAAAAAGACCAAUUGGUUUAGCUUCAAAAACCAUUGUUUGUCAAAGGCUUAAGUCUGUUUUAUCAAAUGUUUGUGUUUAUAUUUUUGCUAUUUUUUGUACACAAAUUUCAAUGAUAAAGGAAAUCUCGUUAAUCUUCAAUCGUAAAAAGUUGUUUAACAAUAGUUCACUGCAUUGCAAUUGUUUGUUCUGAAUCAUAUAAGGUUAACUAGUAAUUUAUUUCGGGAUCAGCUGAAGUGAAAUGAAGUGAAGAAAUUCAUUUGGGAAAUCAGCUACUUUUAGCCCAUUGUCAAAACACACAUUCCGCCGUAAAAUGUUUCCGAUGAUGAUUCGUCGUUUUUAUACCGUCCCUUAGUUGGUGGAAAUUUUAGCUGCAAAGGUUUUGAAGAAAAUCAAUCGUCAUAAUCGCAUCAUUAACGUGAUGGUUAAUUUUUUAGAUUUUAAUCUUUUACGCCCUACUCUGCAGUUUUUGUUUGCUCCCAUUUUCAAACGAUCCGGUCGGCAUAUCUCUUAAAGCUAGUGGCUAACGAAUGCAAAUGGUGAUGAUGUAUAAGAAUAUGGGCAUAUGUGUAAAUAUGGCCAUGGUCCUAUACAUACAUGCGUAUAUAUGCAGCAUUACUAUAUGGGCACAUAAUUUUAUAUUUUAUAAAUACUAUGCGUAAUAGAAGUACCUUAAAGAUUAGGUAUUAUCAUAUAUGAAAUGGCUGUUUUACUAAGGCAUAGCGAAAAGGUAUAAAUACCAGGUAUUACUGGCCCGUUUACCGUGGAAGCGGAUGCCUCUCAACUGGGCCUAGAUAAACAAAAUAAACAAAUGAACAUUAUUGACAAAUGCAACCGAUGCAAAACCCUUACAAAGGUGAAGAAUAGGGCAUAGAGAAUAUAAAGGCACCAAACUUAUUUUUUUACUUGAUUUAAUAUAUUUAUUAGUAGCUAUUGAUUAAAAUGCACAAAGAACAAGGCCCCAGGUGCUUUUAAAUUAUUAAAGAAGUGAUGCUGAAGAAGGAGGUAGGAGAUUUAUACUUAAACCGCUUGGUGAUGUUUCCCUGCAACGGUAACAUCUUUUAUGUUUACACUUCCAUAAUUAAUAAGAAAGUAUGUAGCAGCAAGGAACUUUCUAUGCCUAGUAAAACAAUAUUGUUUGGUCUUAAGCCGAUAGAUGGCCUUGUUUCCUUGACAUAUUAAAUUGUAAAUCGUGCAAUUCCCACAACAUGUUACCUCCUGUUAAGACUAUUAGGUGAACUCUUUUACGUUGGCGCUCUUUUUCCGUUUGGCCACCUGUUUCACUGUUAUAUCCCUACUCUUUCCGACUCUCUGUUUUUUUCUUUUUUACACUUUGCUAAUUUUUUUGUCUCGUUCUCUCAAUAUUGCUUUAAUUUCAAACAUAUUUUAUAGUUUAGGUUGUAAUGUUGACAAUGUUGUUUCCUGCGUCAUUAUUUUUAUUGCAGACAGAUCGAAAACUGUGUGAUGAGAAAGGCGUCCAUCUUAAAAACAAAACAAUUGUUGCAUGGACCAUGACCGCAAUGAAACCAUUGUAAAUACUUUUAAGAAACCAAUAAAAAUCGUGACAGAGGCAAAGGUAAACCCAAAAUUGGAGGAAAAAAUUGAUAUAUCUUAAAAAAAUCAAAUGGAAAUUUCUUUAAGAUUUAUAAUUUUUUCCUUAACAGUUAUCUUCUGUUUUAAUGGUUCAAAAUGUCCUGGAUUCGUCGUAUGUCAGGCUCAAAAUGUCUACAUACGUUGACUAAGCUAAACAACUACAGUGGCUGUAUACAUGGACCAAUAUACAU